GCUCAUCUUACCCGCCAGAAAAUUUGAAAGAUUUAAUAUUUUAACAAUGUCGUUUUAGUGAUUUGUAGAGAGAAAGAUGUCUGGCUGUAGUAAAGCAGCAGAUAAAGCGGACUUAAGGUACUGCUGUAGAGCAUGUAGCCAGAUACUGUGCUCUUUAGGAGGAUACAGGAAGCAUUUUAAAAACAACCACCCUGAAGCAAAUCAGGGUUUUUAUCAGUAUGAUGUCAUCAAGCCAGACAGUGGAACUGCAAGCUGGUACAAAUGCAGAUGUUGUCCCAAGAUAUUUGUUGGCAAAAAGAAGUACACAGCUCAUAUCACAACAGUACAUUUCCGUGAGCCCUCGGAGAGUGACAUCAUCAAUAAGCCAAAUUCAACAAAUGAGAAAAAAACAAGUCCCGAGAAAAACAAGCCUACUUCAGCAACUCCAGAACCUGUUCGAGGUCCGAAUCUUAAAAUUUACACAUGCAAACACUGCGGUAGAGAGUACAACAACUACUACAGUUGCUACAGUCAUGUUAAGAAAAAUCAUCCUGAAGGUCAAGGCAACCAUGCCAUAACCUCGACCAAUCAGAAGACAGCAAGUUCAACCAAUCAGAAUUCAACAUCUUUAGUGCCUGUUCAAGGGAAUGAAAAUGAUGGAAAAAUUUACGAGUGCAAACCCUGCAAGAAGCAAUAUGGCAACUAUAAAAGUUACAGUAGUCACUUUAGAACAUUACAUCCAGGGGUUAUUGCCCGAAAAUCUGACUAUACAUACAUUAAGAAAAAUAAAAAAGAUGCUUUAAAAGUCAGAGACCCUGGUGUGUGUAUUUUCUGCGACGAUGGAGUAGAUGAUGAGAUGAAAUGUGGGAAAUUACUUCAAAGUCCAGGCCUUACUGUCCAUUACUUCUGUAUGUUGUUUGCAAGUGGACUGAGCCAGAACGGAAAAACGGACACAUCUGGUUUACUUGGGUUCCUGCCAGUGGACAUAAACAAAGAAGUUCGCAGAGGAAAGCGUCUGCGCUGCAUCUACUGCAAGAAGCUUGGAGCCACAAUCGGGUGCAUUUAUAAAUCAUGUCGACAAAUGUUUCAUCUUCCUUGUGGGCGCAAAAAUGCAACACUUCACCAGUUUUAUGGAAACUUCAGGUCUUUCUGUGAGGACCACAGGCCAGAACAAGAGCUCUCUAUUGAGGAGAUAUCAAGUACGCCAGUAAAGCAGAAAAUUAUGACGUGUCCGAUAUGUAUGCAUGAAAUGAAGACAGAAAUUAGUACCACCACAAUGAAGGCCCCUUGUUGUAAGAACUCUUGGUUUCACAGGGAAUGCAUCCAGCAAACUGCCCUGGCAUCAGGUACACACUUCUUCAAGUGUCCCCUAUGUAACAACAAGGAUGAAUUCCAGAGUACAAUGCUAGAGUUCGGAAUCUAUAUACCUGAUAGGGAUGCUGCAUGGGAAUUGGAACCCAAUGCUUAUCAAGAUCUACUUGAGCGUCACUGUCGUUGCGACCUUAAAAAGUGUGUCUGCCCAAAAGGAAGAUCAUAUGAUAAACCAUGCAGCAAGUGGGAGAUCAUUCUAUGUGACAACUGUGGAUCAAGAGGAACACAUUUAGAGUGUGCAGGAUUCAAACACAACAAGGUUGACUGGAUCUGCAAGAACUGUGAGGCCAUACAAAAGAAAGAUGUGCGAAGGGUGAGCCAUAACAAGUUUGUAAAAUUGUCGCAGUUGAAAGUUGAAGGAGUGUCAGAAGAUAAACAGAAGGAACUACAGAGAAAAUGGACUGAGCAUUUGGCCGAGCACAAAGCUAGCAGUGGAUAUCCUGGACCAGGAGAUUUGAUGAGGAAGAGAAAACACGAGGAUGAUAGUGAUUUGCCUACGUCUAAACGUUACAAGGAGGCAACACCUGGUGGCAAGUCACGACUUAGUCUAUCAAAGCACACGAAAAAUGCUACCCACACUCAGAAGUCCAAAAAAUACACAUAUCUCAAUUCAAAACGUCCCACCAAAAUGCUCUCAAAACAAACAUUGGGCUAUUCACCGUGGAAAAGUCCCCGAAAAAGGGCCCUUCCGAUUGUUGAUCUGGGACGCAAUAACCUCUUCAAAGAACAUGGCAUAACUGGUCCAGUGUGUACAGUGACGUCAUUAGAAACUGGAGAUUUAUUUUGUAGUAAUAUUGUCAAGAAACCCCCAAGAUUGAACUUAAACUGGCGAAAUGGAUCAGCGGACUCCAAACGGAACACCGGAACCCAUAUUUCCCCAUCUACUUUGCCAAUAAUGGCUCGGAACUCAUCGGGUAAACAAGGCUCUAAAUUCUGGACAUACAUCACAGAGCCUAAUCCAACUGAAGAACCAACAGUGAAGGCCACACGGGUCCUUCCAAAGGAAUUAAAACAAAUUGCUCCAACAGCUGAUUUUCUGGAUCGAGAUUUUUAUAAGACAGUAUCGGAGGGAUUGCAGACAAAACUGCCUUCAGCUGUCCGGAAACUUUUAGAGCCCCCAAAAGGAUGGUCAAAAAAUGAUAGCUACUAUGCUCAGAUGAACUUCACCGAUCUCCAAGCCUUGGCGGUGUCUGAGAGCUCCCCUACAAAGAACAGUAAAGUUCAAUCAGAGGCCAAAGCCAUGACUGUGCCUGAGAGCUCAUCUUCAGAGUACAGUAAAGUUCAACCUGAGGCCAAAGCCAUGACAGUGCCUGAGAGCUCAUCUUCAGAGUACAGUAAAGUUCAACCUGAGGCCAAAGCCAUGACAGUGCCUGAGAGCUCCCCCUCAGAGAACAGUAAAAAUCAGCCAGAUAAGCAAGAAUCUAAGCCAUCCAAAAUACUUGCAGAACUGCUCCCCCCAAAAGGUUGGAAUCAGGAGGAUAGUUUUUAUUCAAAUCUAUCCAAAUUAAAAAGCCGCCGAAUUGAACCCAGUAUGGAGGCUGCUGGGGAGGGUGGAGGAAAAAUGGAGAAAUUCGAUCUGUAUAGUUCAAGUUCUGAAGAACUUAAUGAAGCAGUGUUGAAAGGACUUGAAGAUCUAGAUGUUAUGAUUAAUGAAAUGUCACCAGAAAGUCCCAAAAAGAUAACUCAAAAUGCAGAAGAUACCCCAAGAUCAACGCAGUCCUUAGUAAAAGACACUCCGAAAUCAACACAACCAUUUAUUGACAGUAACCCGAAAUUAAAGCAAGCCUGCAUUGAUAGCACCCCAAAAUCAACUCAACCCCAUCUAGAUCAUCCCCCUAAAUCCCCAAAAUCUGGAAAGCCAAUCAAUAAGGUUAUUGAGGAUCCUCAACAGACGAAAGCUAUGACAACAAAGCUUUAUCAAGGCUUUGUCAAAUCUUUGUUACCCUCUGAUGGUUUUAAAGAUAAAACAGCAUUGCAGUGUGAUACUGACUCCCCAAUGAAAUUGCGCACUGGGAAGACCCCUUCAACAAACAGCACACCUAUUAAGACCCCUUCAACCAACAGCACACCAAUAAAGAUGAACUCAAACAAUGUCAUAAAGAAACUCCAAUCAAGAAUUCAUGAUACUGUCGAUGACGAUAUCCCUAAAGUCGCAAAAGAAGGAAAUAUUACCAAUGGUUUGGACCAAAUAGAUAAUGAUGCACCAUUGAAGGAUAAUUCUAUUGUGAUAUCCAAACUGAAGAAUAUGGAGCGACAGCUUAGCAAACUGACAUCUUCAGAAGGUUGGACUUCAAAGUUGGCGGCUGAUGUCAUGUCUGACUCCAUCAGCUCCAAUAUUGAACAACCAAGCUUGACAUCUGCAGAUGAUGUCAUCACUGAUGUUCUUGAGGCAUCCACAACCCCUAUUAAAGAUGGCUGUACAAUGGCUUUGACUCCAAAUUCAGCCAACAUGGCACACUCAUCCAGUUCAUCAGCAUCAAAGACAUACUUUUUACGGAAACAAUCCAGUGAUACGUCUGCUACAUCAACUUGCUCACUAGAGGGCAGCAUCAGUGGCUUAUCAUCCACAUCCAGUAAAAAUUAUCCAUUCAAGAAACAACUGAGUGCAACUCCAAAUGGAGACCCCUUAGAUGCUAUUGAAGAAGGGCCCCUUAGUUCAGACUUGAGCAACAACUCAUACCACCCUCUCCUUCAGAACUACAUCAAUGACCACAUGGUCGAUCAACCUUUAAUCUCUCCAUCAGACAAAAAUAACAAUUCCCCUUUAAAAGACUGCCCUAGCCCUUCAGACAAUAUUGAAUUUGUACCAAGCAGCGCAGGAAGUAUGGAUAGUUCAAAAAAUAUGUUCCCAUAUUUGGGACAAUUGGACGAUGAUAGCAACACAAAUAUCAAGACCCCUUCUAACAGAAUUGAAAUGGUCCCCAGCAGUACAGGAAGUAAUGAAGGUUCUAAACCAGAAAUGUUUGCAUAUUUGGAACAGCUCAAAACUGAUCAUAGGAUUUCUUCUAGGAAGUCGCUGUUGCACGAUUUUACUCAACUUUACCCAACCCCUGGGCUUGAUACUCAAGACAAGCCACCUUCAGCUCAGAAACGUAAAUAUGUUAAAAGGAAAAAAUGUAGAUGCCAAAAAUGUGGAAAAUUUUCGCUUAAUAAAGCUGAAUAUUUAUCAAAACUUAGAAAUACAUGCAAGAAAGGCAAUUUAACCUCCAGACAAGACAAUGGUGCCUCCGCACAAUACAAUGGUGCCUCCAUACAAUACAAUGGUGCCUCCACACAAUACAAUGGUGCCUCCACACAAUACAAUGGUACCUCCAUACAAUACAAUGGUGUUUCGACACAAGACAAUUGUGCUGAACAUGAUAAAGUAGACUUCCCAAAUCCAAGACUUUCUAAUGUUUCCCAAACUUACCUUGAAUCUGGAGAGUGGCCCUCAAUUGCCGAUCCUGGUGCUUGCUAUAAUGAUGAUUUAGAGCUGUCCAAUUGUGAACGUAACAAAGACAUAGGUUCAUCUAAAUCAUCAAGAGCCAGAAGUCUUUUAAGAGAACCAUGGGGCACAAAGAAAAAAUGGGAGCAGGAUGAAACUCCACAGUCUUCUACACUGUCUAAAGCAAUGUUGUUGCCUGAGACCCCUAAACACUAUGUGAAGAUACACACCACAUUAAGGAUCUCCCAUACUUGAGACACAAGGCAGUAUAUACUAAUUAAGCAUUGAAGACUAGAAAUCACAUCUUAUGUGACGAGGACAUUGAUUUGGGCACAGUCAUUUGGACUAUACUGUAACUGUUUCGCAUUUGUACACCAAAUAUUGAAAUAACUGACAAUUUUCAAUAGUCUUCGAUUAUCACAUACCUCACUCAAAAACCUGGAUUUAUGGAAGCAUAUGAUGUGAUCUGAAAAAGGACUUGAAUACUUGUAGGAAUUUGUGAUUUGUGCAACUGAAGAUUAAGAACUCUAUGGUACUUCUAAAUAUAUGUAUGGUUACUAGGGAAAGGACUUGACGGUUGAACUUUGUACUGUAAAUUGUUUUAAUUUGACUGCCGUUUUAAUU